AUGGAUACAGCAAUAAUUGAAGAUCCAACAUUCCGCAUCAUUACCACAUUGAAGAGUGUGUCAUUCAACGAAGAAGACCUUCAGCCCUUGCCAUCGACUCUUCGGUGGAAGAAAGAGACAGAAUCAUUCUUGAUCUUACAUCGCCAACGACUUCACGCCGCUGCGCAGGCUUGUUUAUGGCCACAGGCCUGCCUGCGACUUGAAAGCCAGAGUGCGGUGGCAGAUCUGGAAUGUGCUACUGAACAAGCCGCAAAGCAAAUCCCUAAACCAAAGACAGGGCAUAUUAGAGAUGUCAGAGUGCGGAUCUUGGUCAACCGUCACGGCGGCAUACAAUCCGAAGGCGUCCCGAUGGGAGGUGAACGCCCUUUAGAAAAGCUCGAAGACGGCUUAGUCUCUUGUAUCCCUCAGAGUCUCCUUCUACCGUCUCCCACGCCAGGAGUCUCCCGUUGCUUAGUCCAUGUUGACUACGUUCCUACCAGCCCGGCCUUCUACACUUCUCACAAAACAACAUACCGUCGACCCUACGACGACGCACGAGCCCGUGUCGGUAUCACGAAAUGCCUACCCACUGACCGAGAAGUCCUGCUCUUCAACCAUCAGAACGAAGUCAUGGAAGCAAGCCUCUGCACGCCCUAUUUCUACCGCGAGGGAACUUGGACAACCCCGCCUUCAGCAGCAGGGGGAAUGCUGAGCGUGACUAAACAGUGGGCUCUUGAUGCUGGGCUAUGCAAAGAAGCUACCAUCAUUCUGGGCUCGAUUCGACCUGGGGAGAUUAUCUGGCUCAGUAAUGCGCUUAGGGGUUUCUUCCAGGGAAGAGUAUGUGAGGCUGAAGAGAGGGGAGGAAUGACAAAUUCCCCAUUCUAA